CGUCAGUCAUUACUUCGCAAGAUCCGCAUCCAAACCUGAGCUGUAUAAGGUCGACGACGGACAAGGAAAAGAGAUGCCGUUGAACACCAUCUGCGUACGUAAGGGUAUGGCUGCUUCCUUCUUCCUGAGUCUCGUCGUCCCCUUGGUUCUGCUUCUUCUGCCGCUCUCGCGCUCGGCGUCGGUGGUGACCCAUCUCCCCGGCUUCCAUGGCCGCCUUCCGUUCCACCUGGAGACCGGGUACGUCAACGUGGACGAGGAGACGGGAACGGAGCUCUUCUACUACUUCGUGGAGUCGGAGAGGAGCCCCGACACGGACCCCGUCGUCCUGUGGCUGACGGGCGGGCCCGGCUGCUCUAGCUUGAUUUUCUACGAAGUUGGUCCUAUGAAAUUUGUGUUGGUGCCUUAUAAUGGUAGCUUGCCAGAGAUGGCCUAUAAUCCCUAUUCAUGGUCCAAGAUGGCAAGCAUCAUCCUGUUGGAUUCUCCAGUGGGUACGGGUUUCUCCUACGCACGUGACCUGGAAGGUUAUCGUGAUGUGGGGGAUUUCUCGUUUUCUAUGCAUGUUGUAACAUUUCUCAACAAGUGGUUUAUCAAUCACCCACACUACCAAUCAAAUCCUUUCUUUGUUGGAGGAAGUUCAUAUGCUGGAAUGAUGACUCCAAUUAUCGCACAACACAUUUCACAAGAAAUCGAACAUGGGAAGCAACCCAGGAUUAAUCUCAAGGGCUAUCUAGUCGGCAACCCUUUCACAGGCUCGGAUUAUGAUAGAAAUUUCAGAGCACAAUAUGCUCAUGGUGUUGGAAUUAUAUCUGAUCAACUAUAUGAGGCUGCAGUGGGGAACUGUAAAGGAAAUUAUAUAAGACCACAGAAUAAACUGUGUGACAUGGCGUUAAAUACUAUUGAAGAUCUCAUUUCUGAAAUUGACGAAGGAUAUAUCGUGGGUGUCAAAUGUGUAUGGGAUCUCUUACGACAUAGAUUUAUGUUAGAAGAAAAUGCUCAGCUAAGCAAGCUAUCUCCUGAACAACCUACCAUCAAUUGUUUUGCAUACCGUUACUACCUAUCCAAUAUUUGGGCGAAUGAAAAUUCCACCAGAGAUGCUCUUGGGGUGAAGCAUGGAACAAUUGGAGAGUUUAAGAGAUGCAGAAAAAGUAUGCCCUAUUCAUUUGAUGUCUCGAGCAGCAUAGAGUACCAUUUCAACCUCACAAGCAGGGGCUACCGUGCACUUGUGUUCAGCGGCGACCAUGAUCUUGUGAUGCCAUUUUUGGGCACACAUGCGUGGAUUAGAUCCUUCAACUUGUCAAUAGUUGAUGACUGGAGAGCAUGGCAUCUCGGUGGCCAGGCUGGCGGAUUUACAAUCACAUACGCCAACCAUUUGACAUUUGCGACACUAAAGGGUGGUGGCCACUCAGCCAUAGAGUAUCGGCCUAGGGAAAGUCUUGACAUGGCUCAACGCUGGUUGGAUAAUAAGCCGCUGUGAUGUGUUGUAUCUCCCAUGUCCAAUACUCCAGUUCAUUUGGGUUUUUCAUGUAUAAUAAAAGACAUGGCCUCCAACAACUAUUUUUCAAAUGGCGGACCAGUUUUUACAACACGCAUUGACGACCAAAUCUUCCAUUUCAUGAA